UUCAGGAAGUUGUGCUCAAAAGCAGUAGAAGUGGCUUCCUGCUGGGGGAAAUGAUCAUACAGUCAGACAAGCCCCUACCAUGAACAAGGCAGAAGUUUCCCAAUUCAUACACAGUAAAACUUACACACAUGAGCUGGGCACGCAGAGCACAGAAUCGAGAUCUAUUUGAGGUUUGUUUAAAGUGCUUAAUGUUUAAUGGGGGGUUUGGAUAUUCAGAUGUCAAGGACAGGUCCAAACCACAGACACCAUGCUUCUGAACCUGACCAAUGGGAGCUGCCAAAUACCUCUGGAAAAUGACAGACUUGGUCUGACCUACAUCUACAGCCUUGCUUUUUCAAUUGGACUUCCAGCCAACCUGCUGUCCCUCUGGGGUCUGUAUCAGUUAGGCCGGUCGGGUGGAGGUGGCUGCCAGCUGGUUUAUAUCCUCAACCUACUGCUUUCAGAUCUUCUUCAGCUACUCACAUUGCCACUGUGGAUCCUUUACCUGCAGGGAGAGCACCGCUGGCCUUACGGCUCCGUGCCAUGCCAGCUAGUGGGUUACGUUUUCUAUGUUAACCUCUAUGCUAGCGUCAUAUUUCUCUGCCUCAUUGCCCUGGACCGGUGUCUAGCAAUCGUCUACCCGUUAAGCAGUCGUGGCGUACGGAAGGUGCGGGUGGCCGCUAUCUCUUGUGCGGUUGUCUGGACUUUGAUAUUUCUUUUCUGUCUGACUGGCCUCUAUCCAACUGUGUUCGAACCCCAAAGACAAUUAUGUCUAGAGCAGUAUCCCGUAAGCACCAGAUAUGCUUACUUUAAGAUCGCCACUGUCGCUUUAGGCUUUCUGAUGCCCUGCUCUAUACUAGGGUAUACCUCAGCCCGAAUCGGCCGGACUCUACGGAACUCUCCUUCGGUCUCUGAUCACGAACGCCGGAGAAUUGUUGCGACCCUGGUCGUCAUUACUGUUAUCUUUAUUGUCAUUUUUGGUCCUUAUCACCUGGUGGGCGGUUACAGAUUUGUCACCCUGCUUCUCACAGAAAGUGAAGAAGACCAGUGUGCAGUUGAACUGUCCCUCUACCUUUACUAUCGAAUCUGCUACGGGCUCACCAGCCUCAACACCCUCCUCGACCCUCUUUUCUACAUCUUUCUUUGCAAUGACGCUCGCCAAGAGCUUCGGAAAUCUCUUCUCUGCUCCUGCAGGGGCCAGAGAGUACAGCAAGGAUCGCAAGUCACGAAUGUUCCCAAAGCCAGCAGAACAAACGUGUAGCCAUUUUGUUCAGAUGCUAAUCUGUGUUUGUACUGCAUGUGCUCAAACCCUGUGGAUAUUCUCACACAGUAUGUCAAAAUGUCUUAUCAGGCCGAGCUUUGAAAAACUGCCUGUUGCCACUGUGAUGACAUCAAUAAAGUGUCAGAGGCAUUACUGGUAUGAGACAUUAGCACGUCCACUGGGUCACUGUCAGUGAACUAUGAGUUCCAGACAGAUGACAGAGAUGCCAAUCAGCAGUAACUUAAAUAUUUUAAGAUACCUCCGCUAGGUAUUCAGCUGUAUUUUUAUGUCUAAUGCAUUUCUAUUGAAACAUCUAUAUAGAUUUUAUAUUAUAAACAACAUUUAUUGUGACAAAAGCGAGUAACAAGAAAAGAGGUGGAGCAAAGGUCUUCAGGAUUUCAAUGAGUUGCAAAUCAAGGGUGACACCUUAUGGAGGAUAAAUGCAAAUGCAGGCACAAAUUUUGGGCUAAAUUUUCAUUUUCACGUAAACUAAAUGCAGUCAGAUUAACCUUUAAUAUUUCUGAUUCUGACAUUAAAAUAAUAUACAUAAUGAACGUACUUUCCCCCAGGCACAGAUCUUCUGUCUUUGCAGCAAUCUGCAGACAUUUGGCUAAUGAAAGUGGACUUUGUUUUUGAAUUUCCACGCCCCACCAUGCCUAACGUGGUUUACAUGGGCGGAUUUCAAUGUCGACUAUGUAGGCUACCUGUUUUGUGUACAUUUGACCACCUGGGGGCAGUAUGUUCACUGAAACCAGUAUGUUGACGAGUUUAGAUGUUUACUAAUACUAUUUCUGCAGUAUACAAUGUGGUUUUAUCGGACGCACGCGCCUGGCCCGAAGUUAACUUCCAGUCUGUGUUUGGUUAUAAUAUAACAAUUUAUUUUAUAUUUCAUUUAUAUUUGUAUUAAUUAGCAUAAUAUUAACAAUUUAUUGUAUAUUAAUUGUGUUAAAUUAAAUGAAAACUACUCAACAGUUCUUUGUGGAGGUCUAAGUUCAGGCCACAUAGUUUUUGUUUCAAAAACUUGGGUUAAAGAUGUAACAUAGUGA